AUGGCGUCAGGCGUCCACGCUGGCCGCAGACUGCGCACCUUGAUGGAGAAGGAGUUUCUGCUUAUCCCAGGAGCGUUCAAUGGUAUAUCUGCCCGCCUUGCAGCACAACAAGGCUUUAGGGCGCUCUACCUCUCAGGAGCUGCUCUGAGUGCUUCCCAAGGUUUGCCAGAUAUUGGAUUAGUCCCAUCAGAAGAUUUCUGCCGAACAAUCCACGAAAUGAAUCAAGUAACUUCUCUUCCUAUCCUAGCAGAUGCAGACACGGGCUUCGGUGGAACAGAAAAAAUAAGAAAAGUGGUCUUCGACUUCCACUUUGCUGGUGCAGCGGGGCUGCACAUCGAAGAUCAGCAAAUGCCUAAAAGGUGUGGCCAUCUUUCUGGCAAAACACUCAUAUCAGUUGAUGAAAUGAAAAGGAAAAUUGAAGCCGCAAAAAAAGCAGCCGAAGAUUUUACCAGCGGAGAUUUUAUUAUUUGUGCUAGAACGGAUGCAUUUGCUGUAGAAGGCUUGGAGGGAGCAAUCGGCCGCGCUUGUCGCUAUGUGGAAUCCGGUGCGGAUAUGAUCUUCCCAGAAGGACUCAACUCUUUGUCUGCGUUUUCUUCAUUUGCUACUGCCUUAAGAGACGUACUGGGCCCUGCUCCUGGAGGUGGCCCUUUCCUCUUGGCGAAUAUGACAGAGUUUGGUCAGACACCGAUGCUAAAGGCAAACGACUUCAAGGACGCUGGCUUUCAUUGCGCGAUUUACCCUGUUUCCGCUCUCCGUGUCGCCAUGAAGGCUAUCCGGGAGAUGUACAGUGAGCUCAGUACCCUUGAGACCCUUGAAGGCCAAGUUCAAAAAAUGCUUUCAAGAAAGGAUUUAUAUGAGACGCUGCAUUAUAACCCUUCAAAAGAGUGGUAUUUUCCAUCUACUGCACUUAAGUCGCCUUGA